GGGAGAUGCGCGACCGCCUGGGCACCGGCGGCUUCGGCAACGUCUGCCUCUACCAGCACCAGGACUCGGGCGCCCGGGUGGCCAUCAAGUCCUGCCGGCUGGAGCUCAGCGUCAAGAACAAGGACCGCUGGUGCCACGAGAUCGACAUCAUGAAGAAGUGCUGAGCCGCACAGCUACAGCUGCUCUUGCGGCUUCCAGAGGCUUUGGAAGGUGUACACAGAAGUGCUUUGUCUUCACUUCCUUCUGCAUGUGUCGUUUAUUCCCAAGGGUAACAUAUAUCGGAGACAGUCAGGAAGCAGCUGUUUGAAUUCAGCUGCAGAAAUGAAUCCUGCUCCGUGUAUGUGGAUUUCACCUACUUGGUUCUACCUCCCUAGAACAGUUACACAAGUGUUAACGGAUUCCUGUGAAACCCUUGGGCCAGGGGGAAACUGUUCCCACGUGUAGAAACAGAUGCAUGUAUGUAAUGACUUUGCCAGAAAUGUGCAGGAAUCCAGAACUUGAGCCCGGAUCCCCAUCAUCAAAGUCCUGUACCUUGACUUUGAGACGUCAUUUGUCCUCAUCACUGGUUUGUGUAUUCCCAAGGUUGAACCAUCCCAAUGUAGUAAGAGCCUGUGAAGUUCCCGAGGAGAUGAACUUUCUGGUUAAUGACGUUCCCCUUCUGGCAAUGGAAUAUUGUUCAGGGGGGGACCUCCGGAAGUUGCUAAACAAACCGGAAAACUGCUGCGGACUCAAGGAAAGUCAAAUACUUUCUCUGCUUAGCGACAUUGGAUCUGGUAUCCAGUAUUUGCAUGAAAACAGAAUUAUACAUAGAGAUUUAAAGCCUGAAAAUAUUGUUCUUCAGGAUGAAGGUGGGAAGAUUGUUCACAAAAUAAUAGACCUGGGAUAUGCAAAGGAUCUGGAUCAAGGAAGUUUAUGCACUUCAUUUGUUGGAACAUUACAAUAUUUGGCUCCAGAACUCUUUGAGAAUAAAUCCUACUCAGUUACUGUUGAUUACUGGAGCUUUGGCACGAUGGUGUUUGAAUGCAUUGCAGGAUUUAGACCUUUCUUACAUAAUCUACAGCCGUUUACCUGGCAUGAAAAAAUCAAGAAGAAGGAUCCAAAGCAUAUCUUUGCUUCUGAAGAGAUGAAUGGGGAGGUUCGCUUUAGUACCCAUUUGCCACAGCCUCACAGCCUCUGUGGUUUAAUUGUAGAACCAAUGGAAAACUGGUUGCAACUGAUGCUGAACUGGGAUCCACAACAGAGGGGUGGAGGUUUAGAUCCUGAGACCAGUCGUCCAAAUUGUUUCCUAAUAAUGGAUCACAUACUGAAUUUGAAGAUAGUACACAUCCUAAAUAUGACCUCUGCCAAGAUUGUUUCAUUUCUCUUGCAUCCUGAGGAAAGCCUUCAUUCCCUUCAGAUUCGGAUUGAGUUUGAAACAGGAAUAAGUACUGGAAAUCAGGAACUGCUGUUGGAAACAGGGAUUUGCCUGGACCCUCGGAAACCUGCUUCCCAGUGUGUUAUUGAUGGCGUAAGAGGCUGGGAUAGCUACAUGGUCUAUUUGUUUGAUAAAAGCAAAACUGUCUAUGAUGGACCCUUUGCUUCUCGGAGUCUGUCUGAUUGUGUAAAUUACAUUGUACAGGAUAGUAAAAUCCAACUGCCAAUUCCUCAGCUGCGCAAGGUAUGGGCAGAAGCAGUUCACUACGUGAUUGGGCUAAAAGAAGAUUAUAGCAGGCUUUUCCAGGGCCAGAGAGCUGCCAUGCUCAGUCUUCUUCGAUAUAAUGCCAACCUAAUCAAAAUGAAAAACAAUAUGGUGUCAGCAUCUCAGCAACUGAAAGCAAAGCUGGAAUUCUUUCAUCAAAGCAUUCGCCUCGACCUGGAGAGAUACAGUGACCAGAUGGCUUAUGGCAUAUCUUCAGAAAAGAUGCUCAAAGCCUGGAAGGAGAUGGAAGAAAAGGCCUCUCAGUGUGCACAGGCUGAAGAUAUUGGAUAUCUGGAUGAGCAGAUCAUGGCUCUGCACACAGAGAUUGUAGAGCUUCAGAAGAGUCCAUAUGCAAGGCGCCAGGGAGAGGUCAUGGAGAGCUUGGAACAGAGAGCCAUAGACCUGUACAAGCAAUUAAAAACAAGACCUCCAGAUCAUGCCUACAGUGACAGCACGGACAUGGUGAAGAUCAUUGUGCAGACAGUACAGAGCCAAGACCGAGUUCUCAAGGAGCUCUUCGGCCAUCUCAGCAAGCUCUUGGGCUGUAAGCAGAAGAUCAUUGACUUGCUUCCAAAGAUUGAAGUGGCUCUAAAUAACAUCAAGGAAGCCGACAACUCAGUGAUGCAGAUGCAGGGCAAAAGACAAAGGGAGAUAUGGCAUUUACUGAAAAUUGCUUGCACGCAGAGCUCUUCUCGAUCACUGGUAAGCUCCAGCCUGGAAGGCACAACCUCAACUCCAGCAGCCACGUGGCUCCCACAGAGCUCCUCAGGGAACGUACCUCACCCUCUGUCAUCUAUGGCAACUCCCGAAGAUGGGGAAAAUUUUGUCCAUGUGAUAGAAGAGAAUCUGAAUUACCUUGAACUCUUUAGCAGUAUUUUGCAGGAAGCGAGACAGGAACAGAACAACAGCAUGAUGAGUUUUGACUGGAGCUGGCUGAAAUAGCCAAAGGAACCGACGUGCUGCUAUCUGGAAAGUGCCUGCAUGCUGAGAGGUGGCUUGGCAGCCUUCGAUGUGACGAGCUGGAGGGGACUGGUCGAUCAAUCACCUUGUGUUUUGUAAACCUUAGGGGAGUUGAUUACAAAGGUGGUGGUCGGUAGCAGAUACACCAUUGGCAGUAACGAACAGCAUUUUACAGGCUCUUGCCUAGUUGGGCUUUCAACUAAACAAGUAAUCCGCUUCACCUGUGGUGGGCUCUCGUGGGGGCAGCCAGCCGUUCGUAUCCCGGGGGAGCCGGCGCCGAGGGCCGGGUCCCCGCAGAACCCUUCCUGGAGAGGAAUGGAGGAGAGGUGAGGGGUGGCGGCUGCCUCAGGGCCGGGGCCCUGCUGCCCCGCCCCGGCCCUCCCGCGGCUUGUCACGACUGCUCACGUGUGUAAUAUGAAUGUAUAGAUUAUCUAUAUUUUAAAUAGAAUUAACUGCAAUAAAUGCUGUGGAGAGGC